UUUAUGGCAACAUCACAUGAGACGGCAGUUGGUUCAGAGAUAUCUGGAAUACUUGGAGGAGCGUCAGAAGCCCCAGUUUUUCUUAAACGAGUUUCGUUUGAUACCUUUGAUAAUAGGGAUGCUCGUGAUUUUAGUUUAACGUUACGUGCAACACAUCGUUCGUAUACAUAUAGUUAUCGUUCUCGUACAUUUUUAUGUGGAAUUGAUCAGAAUGAUUAUUCAGAAUCGGCUUUAGAUUGGUUGAUUGAAGUGUUAGUUGAAGAUGGAGAUGAAAUUAUUGCAUUGAGAGUAAUUGAUCCAGGAUCCCGUAUGGCAGCUGGGUUAUCGAUGCAAGAAAAGAUGUAUCGUAAAGAUGCAGACCUAUUGAUGGAACGUAUUCUUCAAAAAAAUGAAGAAUCCAAAGCGAUUUCUGUUAUGGUUGAAUUUGCAAUGGGAAAAGUGACAACGACUCUAUUACACCGGAUUCAUAUUUAUCAGCCGGAUUCUCUUAUAAUUGGAACACGUGGUAAAGGACUUGGGCUUCAAAGUUUACUUCCAGGAUCGAUUUCCAAAUAUUGCUUGGCAACUUCACCUGUGCCUGUCAUUGUUGUUCGUCCUGACAGAAAACGAGAAGAAGCUAAGUCAAAACGACUUGCAAAUCCUUUACGACAAUCGUAUGUUGAAAUACUUGAAAAAUCAAAUAGUUCAAUGGAUUUUCGAACACUAAAUCAAUCGACGCAAGCAGAAAAACCAAGUAGUACAAUAAAAAGUCAUUUUGGUAUUUUUGGAGGAUCAAAAUAUAAACGACUUUCUGUUUAAUCUAUUAAAAACG